GUGUCCCAGGCAAUGCUGCUUCUCGCGCGAGCGAGAGCAUCCGCCUCGGGCAAGCGAGGGGCAGCAUCGCCUGGGACAAAAAUUUUCGUCCUGGCACUGAUCACCGUUUGGCAGCUAUUGUCAGAUCUGGCAGCAGCACCAGCACCACCAGUCCACCACGCCGCGCACCUCACCCAACGCAUCCAAGCAGCAGGCCGCAGGGACUCCUCCGCAAUCCGAUCCAGUAUCCAACUCCACAGACAUGUCGACCUCCGCAGAACGCAAGCAGCAGAUCAUUGACGAGAUCCAGAGCCAGCUCGCCAUCCAGAACUUCUCGGCACUGCUGGCUAAACUCAACAACAAGUGCUUCACCAAGUGCGUGGCAAAGCCCGGAUCCAAGCUGGAUUCGUCGGAGCAGACAUGCAUUGCCAAGUGCUCGGAUCGCUACCAGGAAGCCUGGAACAUCGUCAGCAUCGCUUAUCUGAGACGGAUGCAGCAAAUGGAGCAGAUGAAGCAAGCCCAACACUAAACCGCACCCAGAACGAAACGAGACAGUGCCUUGGGCCAGAGUUGUCGCUUUCUGGAUCCUGAAUACACCGCCUCCAUCGCCCGUCAUGACCCAACAGUGUGCCCAAGGAGACUGGAGGCGGAGCGGCUCGAGCCGCUCGACUAUCUUGAUAUCGACAAAUAUCGGAGGUGGCCCAAUUGCACACCACACUCCCGCAUCGAGA